AUGCUCCCAUACAUCCUCUGGAUCUUUUUCUUGGCAGUUUUGAAAGCAAGAGGGGAGCUGCCAUUCAUUGCAGAAAACAAUGCAGCUAUGAUGGUGAACUGGAAUGCAGUUGAAGAGAACAAAAAAUUGUAUGCAAUUUAUGACACAAGCGUGAAUGAUCCGGGGAACAUGUCCUUCGUGAAAGAAACUGUGGAUAAAUUGUUGAAAGGCUACGACAUUCGCCUCCGGCCGGAUUUUGGAGGACCUCCUGUGUGCGUGGGGAUGAACAUAGACAUUGCCAGUAUCGACAUGGUUUCUGAAGUCAACAUGGAUUAUACCUUAACAAUGUAUUUUCAACAAUAUUGGAGAGAUAAGAGACUAGCCUAUGCUGGGAUACCUCUCAACCUUACGCUUGAUAAUCGAGUGGCAGAUCAACUCUGGGUGCCCGACACUUACUUUUUAAAUGACAAGAAGUCAUUUGUGCAUGGAGUUACAGUGAAAAAUCGAAUGAUUCGCCUUCAUCCAGAUGGAACAGUGCUGUAUGGCCUCAGAAUCACAACUACUGCAGCUUGUAUGAUGGACCUGAGAAGAUACCCAUUAGAUGAACAAAACUGUACUCUGGAAAUAGAGAGCUAUGGUUAUACAACAGAUGACAUAGAAUUUUACUGGAGAGGUGGAGAUAAUGCAGUCACAGGAGUAGAGAGGAUCGAGCUUCCGCAGUUCUCCAUUGUGGAAUACAGACUGGUGUCAAAGAAUGUUGUCUUCGCCACAGGUGCGUAUCCAAGACUCUCACUGAGCUUUAAGUUAAAGAGAAAUAUUGGAUACUUUAUUCUUCAGACCUACAUGCCCUCUAUACUGAUUACCAUUUUAUCAUGGGUGUCAUUCUGGAUCAAUUAUGAUGCAUCAGCAGCAAGAGUUGCCCUUGGAAUUACAACUGUGCUGACUAUGACAACAAUCAACACUCAUCUUCGGGAGACUUUGCCUAAAAUUCCCUAUGUUAAAGCCAUUGACAUGUAUCUUAUGGGCUGCUUUGUAUUUGUCUUCUUGGCCUUACUUGAAUACGCCUUUGUCAAUUACAUCUUCUUUGGAAAAGGCCCUCAAAGGCAGAAGAAACUUGCAGAAAAGACAGCAAAGGCAAACACUGACCGCUCAAAAUUUGAAGGCAACCGGGUGGAUGCCCAUGGAAACAUUUUGCUAACAUCUCUUGAAAUUCACAAUGAAGUGGCAAGCCAUGAGGUUACAACCAGCGUUACUGAUGCUAGGAAUUCAACGAUAUCCUUUGACAACUCAGGAAUCCAGUACAGAAAACAAAGCGCGCAUCGGGAAAGCUUUGGAAGGCGUACAAUGGAUAGAACAGUGCCCCACAGCAAGAAGAGCCAUUUACGGAGGAGGUCUUCACAGCUAAAAAUAAAAAUCCCUGAUCUAACGGAUGUGAAUGCCAUAGACAGAUGGUCGCGGGUGGUGUUUCCAUUCACAUUUUCUCUUUUCAACUUAAUUUAUUGGUUAUAUUAUGUUAACUGA